CAACACAUGGGCCGAGACAAGAAACUACAUAUCCCAGAAUGCUUUAACUUCGGAAGUGCCCUCCCGUUUUGAGCACAUGACUUGGGGUUCACCAGUGUGCCGCAACAGAAACAUUUGCAUCGCUGUCCCGGAUAUCUGUGUUUCCACGCUAGUCGUGCUGUGUGUGUGUGUGUGAGGAUGAAGCUGCAGUGUGUGCUCGCUGCUCUGUGUGUAGGUGUGGGGGCACUGGCCGGGAAAUACACUCGUGAAUUGAACGAGCCCAAGCCGAGCGGCGGCGGCAGUGAUGGGCAGACGGUGGAGUUCAGGAUCGCUAAAUUGAACCAGGUGUGGGAGAAGGCGAAAAGGCUGCAGUUGACUCCGGUGCAGCAGUCUGAGCUGCACAGCGACCUGAAGAUCCAGGAGAAGGAUGAGCUGCAGUGGAAGAAGGUGAAAGUGGAGGGGCUGGUUGAGAACGGGGAGAGAGAGGCCCAGCUCCGACGCAGCUUCUACGUGAUCCUGGCCAAAUAUGGAAUGGACGGGAAAAGAGACACUCGCCCACUGGAGAGCAACCACCUGAAGGACCACGACACCCAAGAGGGAGACAUGUUUGACGACCCAAGGCUGGACAAACUGUGGAACAAGGCCAAGAUCUCGGGGAAGUUCUCCAGCGAGGAGCUGCUGAGUCUGAAGAGGGAGUUCCAGCAUCACAAGGACAAGACCCACGAGUACAACAUCCUCAUGGACACUGUCAGCAGGACCGAAGAAAUACACAAGAACGUGAUCUCUUCCCUGGAGGGCGACGCCAAAGAGCACAUGCUGCACCAGAAGCACACGGACCUGAAGCAGAAGAUGAGAGACCUCAACCAGGGCUUUGAGCGCCUCCGUAAACUCAGCCACGAGGGCUUCACUGGAGACAGUGAGUUCCGGGAGCCCCGUGUGAUUGAACUGUGGGAGGCUGCCAAGAGAACAAACCUCAGCGAAGACGAUUUGGACUCUCUGAAGGAGGAGCUGCGUCACUUUGAGACCAAGGUAGAGAAGCACAGCCAUUACCAGGAGCAGCUGGAGCUUUCCCACCAGAAGUUGCGACAUGUGGAGUCUUUAGGAGACAAAGAGCACAUCAAGAGGAACCAGGAGAAGUACGAGACACUCGCUGAGAAAACCAGGGAGAUGGGUUACAAGAUGAAGAAACAUAUGCAGGACUUGUCUAACAAGAUCUCCCAGGAGGGCCUCCGGCAUAAUGAGCUCUGAGAGGAUCACGACUGAACUGAAAUAAUUCCCUCUUCAAUCACAGCGCUCCUUCAACUACAAAAAGAAAUCCGUUUUCUACUUUUCUAGUGUUAUCUGACAUUGAUUUAUUUUGUCGAUGAAUCGUGGGUUGUUUGUACAUAGUAUUCAGACUAGUCUGCUACAUCUGUGUGCAGGUGUAGAAGAAAUGUCUCGCUGAAAAUGUGGCCAAAAUCCCAAAACGGCAUGAACAGAAGUUGAGUCACUCUUAGUCAGAUGAUGGAGUUUAGUUGCUGAGGGAUGGUUCAGGGGAACAGCCAACCGACUGCACUAGUACUUCACACUGUCCACACCCGUCUAUCAGUUACUAAUGUAAUAUCAGCUACUGUAGUAACGUGUACCUCAGUCUGCUGAACUAUUGUAAUGUUAUCGUCUAAUCAAUUUAAAAUGAAGACAGUGCAGAUUCAGCAAGAUAACAGCAAUCUUUAAUGUGUAAGAUAUACAGGUGCCAACAACAUACAAACAGUAAUAUUUAAAAAAAUAUAGUCAAACAUCACUCUCAUUGUCUUGGCACGGAUAAAAACAGUUCAUAUUUACAAACCCUGUUGUGCUAUUUCUGGUUUCUGCUGAUAAACUUAGUGCCAUAUGUUGGAGAGUUUAGAACAAACACACUUCCGUGCUUUUCUAUUCAUCAACUCCCACUAGCAGCAGUCGGCAGCGUCAUUGAUUAUUGUGAUGAGUAAUGAUCCUGGCUGGCUGGGCCUCAUGGGUCUGGAUUAAUGUCAUCUGAACCUGAAGUAAAGUAAAGUAUCGCUAAGAUGCUUCUUUCAAUCGAGUGCUUUUAAGCUCAGCUGUGGAACGACGAGUUCCCCAGUUAGCUUGUCUAACAGUCGAGGUGUCGGUGCCAUGAGGGGGGCUUGAUCUCAGUCUGAAGAAAGUCAAUUUAUUUGUAAAUUCCACCUUGCCAAGUACAGCUGCUGUCGAUCCUUUUUCCAUACUUAUAUUAUCAGGUUAACAUUAGUGUUUAGUGCAUUCCUUUAUGAUUAAGGCUAUUUUAUAAUGAUCACCUGAGUGAUUCUUAGAAGGCCUUCUAUUGUUAUUCAUAGUGGGAUGGACUGUUGGUGGGAACACUGACAUAACUUCUGUGUUCUAAGUACAACAGUGAUUGCUAUGAUCAACUGCAAUUAAGCACUUAAGCUUAUUUACGGAGGAGAUGGAAAGAAUCGGCGAUGAAAACUGUUUUGAAGUGUCCGUUUGGUAGCCCUCAGCGCCUGCUCUCCUGCUGAGUCAGCCUGUCCUCUCGGCCCCGAACAUGCUCCGCCCCCUCGCUGAGCUGUUUCCAUGGUAGUGAUGUCGAGGUGGGCGGACUUCAUGGAGCCCUCUUCAGCGGUGAAGGGGAGAGAAGGAAAGACGUCUGCGUUACGUGAUCGCUAACCUAGAAUAGUUACUUUGACCCUGUGUUAACUUCAGUGGUAGUGCUGCAAUAUAACUCUUAACCAUUCAUUAAAUGGAAAUGCAUUAAACUACUUCAAGGUCUUUGCUUUAUUUUGCAAAUUCACAGCUUAGAAUUUAAAUGUUUAAACUGUAGAUCUAUUUUCAGAAUCUAAAGAUGUCAUUGAUAUGUCUUUUUCAUGAAUAAAGUCUUUCUCCCCAUUUA